CUCAGAGUCCUAACCUCUGUGAUCUGUGAACUAUUUCAUAACCUCUUCGAUCUAGGCCCUCUAACCUAUAAAUUUUAGGUCUUAUUCUUACGAGUUAGAGAAAUUAAUUUAUUGUUUUAUUAAAUAUUUGCCGCAAGUAAAAGCAGAUGACUGGAAGUCGUGGUUAUUUUAAAUAAUUUAAUUGAACUUAGAGACAAUUUGUGAUGUCUAGUGAAAGCUCGCCGCCAGGAAAAAGACAACUUUUCCCUGAAGAAUGGGUUUAUCUUACACGAUACUUUGUAGGCAACAAUUACAGAUACCGAGAGAAUAUUAUAAUUCCCCGUAAUUUAGGACCUGUGGCCAUAAAAACUCACGAAGAGAAAAUGGUUGAAUCAUUCAUCGAGAGCUGCCCUUUCAAAGUUAUGAUGAGCUGUGUUGCAGGCUAUGGUUUGGGGGCAGUUAUAGGGCUUUUCUCGUCAAGUAUAGGACCUCAAUCAGUCACGAAUGUUGAAACACAAACAGCCAAGCAAGUUUUUCAUGAAAUGAAAACAACUACUUUAAGUUAUGCAAAGAAUUUUGCACUGAUUGGGGCAGUGUUCUCUGGAGUAGAGUGUACAAUUGAAACGAUAAGAGGGAAGUCUGACUGGAAAAAUGGUACAUAUGCGGGUGGAGUGACUGGAGGAAUAAUUGGCUUACGAGCUGGCCUUAAAGCAGGUGCAGUAGGAGCCUUAGGGUUUGCAGCCUUUUCAACAGCGAUAGACUAUUAUAUGCAUUCUAGGUUUUAAAUACCCAUUUCCAACAAAAAUUUACAUAAUUAAACAGUAAAUUAGCUCGUUGUAAUACUGUUUUGUUGAAUAAAACAGCCAUAAUGUACAAUA